UUAACUUAAAUUCCCAUCAAGGACACUCUUAAUGGAACCAGAUCUUAAAUUUCUUAUAGUGUGUUAAGUGAGGAUAAUAGAAAAUUAAUAUUUUCUUAUGAACACUUGGUUGGUACUAGUAAGUUAUAUGAAUAUUUGCUAAUAUUUAUGAAAACCAAAUGCACCCAAAGUUUCUUAUCUGCAUCAGCAUAAACCAAUAUAAGAAGAGACAAGAAGCAAACUUUCUCAGAACUUUGGAACCCCUUUUUCUCACAAUGGAGUUUCAACCACUUCACAUGUUUGGCCUUGCAAUAUCCUUUUUCCUCUUCAUGAUUCUAGCACUCAAAAUAGGGACCAAUCUGAAGAAAACUGAGUCAUCUCAAAAAAUACCACCAGCACCAUGGAAGCUACCUGUUAUAGGAAACAUACACAAUGUUCUUUCAACUACACCACACAGAAAAUUAAGAGACUUAGCCAAAAUAUAUGGUCCCUUGAUGCAUCUCCAACUUGGNGAGNUCUUCACAAUCAUUGUUUCCUCACCAGAAUAUGCCAAGGAGAUCAUGAAAACCCAUGAUCUCAUCUUUGCAUCAAGGCCUCAAAAUUUAGCUUCUGAUAUAGUGGGUUAUCAAUCCACUGGUAUUAUUUCAGCACCAUGCGGAAAUUAUUGGAGGCAGCUGAGAAAAAUAUGCACAGUGGAGCUUUUAACCCAACAACGUGUCAAUUCAUUCAAUCCAAUAAGAGAAGAAGAGUUCACCAAUCUUGUCAAAAUGAUUGAUUCACAUAAAGGCUCGCCCUUCAACCUCACUGAAGCAGUGCUUUCAUCAAUAUAUAACAUCAUUUCAAGAGCUGCUUUUGGCAUGAAAUGCAAAGACCAAGAAGAAUUCAUAUCAGUGGUAAAAGAAAGCCUCACAGUUGCAGCAGGAUUUCACAUCGGAGAUCUGUUUCCUUCUGUUAAAUGGCUUGAACUUGUUAGUGGUUUCAGGCCAAAGCUUGAGAAUCUGCAUCAAAAAUUUGAUCGGAUACUAGGAGACAUCGUCAAUGAACACAUAGAAGCAAAGUCAAACGCCAGUGAUGGCCAUGUUGAAGCAGAGGAAGAUUUGGUGGAUAUUCUCCUAAAAUUCCAGGAUGGUAAUGAUAGAAACCAAGAUAUUUGUUUAACAAUUAACAAUAUCAAGGCUAUAAUUCUGGACAUAUUUGGUGCUGGAGGUGAGACAUCAGCAACUACAAUAAACUGGGCCAUGGCAGAAAUGAUUAGGGAUCCAAGAGUAUUGAAGAAAGCACAAGCUGAGGUGAGAGAGGUAUUCAAUAUGAAAGGAAGGGUUGAUGAACUAUUCAUGGAUGAACUCAAAUAUUUGAAAUCGGUUGUAAAAGAGACCCUAAGGUUGCACCCACCAGCUCCUCUUUUACUUCCAAGAGAAUGUGGACAAACAUGUGAGAUUAAAGGGUACCAUAUACCAGCCAAAAGUAAGGUAAUUGUGAAUGCUUGGGCAAUAGGAAGAGAUCCAAAGCAUUGGACUGAUGCAGAAAGGUUUCAUCCAGAGAGAUUCACUGAUAGCUCAAUUAGCUACAAAGGGAUUAAUUUUGAGUACAUUCCAUUUGGUGCUGGAAGAAGAAUAUGUCCAGGUAUCACCUUAGGUUUACUAAAUGUUGAGCUGGCCCUUGCAUUUUUGUUGUAUCACUUUGAUUGGACACUUCCAAAUGGAACUAAAAGUGAAGACUUGGACAUGUCUGAGAAGUUUGGAGUCACUGUUAGAAGAAAAGAUGACCUAUACUUGAUACCACUCACUUCUAGUCCUUUCUUGGUACCAUAAUCAUAUAACAAUUUGAAUUUGUUAUGACCCAUUUUGAUAGGAGCGACUCCAAUCUUCAAGAAGGAGUGGCUCCUUGGACCAAAGUUGGCAGCGGAAUGGAGAUAACAAUGAAAGUGAUUGCUAAUGAUUCUGGCUGGAAACAAAUGAUGGCACUCAAAAGGAUCCUAGGAGAGGCUUUAGAACAGAUUAUAAAAGCAAUAAAAGACUCAAAACAUUGAUUGAAUUCUGUGCAAUGCAAUUGUUUGAUGGAAAUUUAAAACUGUUUGAUGAAAUGCCACAAUGAACUACAGUUUUGGUAUUUUUCUGAUUUUUGAACUUUCAAGAGUGGAUUGCAGGGUUUAAAUUGCUUUUUAUGAAUGAUAUAUGGUAUAUGGAUCAUGUAAUGGUAUAUGGAAACAGAAACCCAGCUUUUGCCAAUCCAAAAUGCACUUUAUCUAUGGUUAAAAAUACCAAACAGCAAGCAAAGUUUACUGCAGUGGCAAAAUGAGUAGAAAAAUGGGUGGUUUCAGUGGUGAUUAUGAAUGGAAGUGGUGUGAAGGAGGAAAGUAUACUUCCAGCAAGUUUUAAUCAUCAAUUUCAACCUGUGAAAGUUAUAAAACAGCCAAGAAAAGAGGUAGUGCAAAAUAUGACUUGUGCACUUGCCAAAAGUGAGCAAAAUUUGGUGAUUUAACAGGUAUUUAUCAGUUUGGCUCAAAAUUUACCAUAUGAACAGUAACAAACCAAUUUCAAUUCACCAAAAAUGACUGCCUAGGCAAAGAAACAGAUCCAAAACUGUAAGGAUCUCAAUAUGAGGUGUACACUUGCAUAUUUCAAGCAAAAAUAAUGAGUGAAUAUGUGAAUUGAUGUUGUGGCUGAGAAAAGAUCAAAUAGACCAUGCACACAAGUUUUAAAUGGUCAAAGAAACAUGUUCAAACAGCUAGUAUGCACAGAAACAGUCAAAUGCACAAAAUCACUAUGAUAGUUGUGAUUAUGCAGCAAAAUUUGACCAAACAGCAGCAGAAUUGAGAAAUUUAAUGGAAUCAAAGCUGGCUGGAACAAGAAACAUGUAAGAAAUACCCUAAACACUAGAACUAGCCUCAGAAUUAUAGCUAGAAAAUUGAAACAUCCUAAGAUUCAACAAUUAAAGCAACACGGUGCAAAGUUGGAAUAACAAUGACAGUAGCUGUGCAGCCUCGGUGAAAAUUAUGUUAAGAGUCUCCAUUCUAGUAAGUGAAGUUGGGGAAUCAACUAGUUCAUGAUAUUUAUACCA